AUGCUUCAAGUCCUUAAGUUCAGAAUUUAUGAUUUUGUCUUUAAGUCCUUAAGUCCUAUAUUUGGACUUAGGACCAGGUCCUUAAGUCCCGAACUUAAGGACCUGGUCCUAAGUCCAAAUAUAGGACUUAAGGAGCUGGUCCUAAGUCCCGGACUUAAGGACCUAGUUCUAAGUCCCGAACUUAAGAACCUGGUUCUAAGUCCCAGACUUAAGAACCUGGUUCUAAGUCCUGAACUUAAGGGCAUGGCUCUAAGUCCCGGACUUAAGGACCUU